GGUAGACGCCUCCCAGACAGCCUCCCCCUCCACUCACUGUACUGUUACAACACCGUGCGAUACCGUUACACUUGUGGAGGAGAAGAAGAAGGGUCUUGGGCGGGUGCCGAUUCCGAUCACACGUUCAGAAAAGAAAGGCGCGACUAUGGCGAAAACGUACGACUAUCUCUUCAAACUGUUGUUGAUAGGGGACAGCGGGGUCGGGAAGACGUGUCUGCUGUUCCGAUUCAGUGAGGACGCGUUCAACACAACAUUUAUAUCAACGAUAGGGAUCGACUUCAAAAUCAGGACAAUAGAGCUAGAUGGAAAGAAGAUCAAGCUGCAGAUAUGGGACACUGCAGGCCAGGAGAGGUUCAGAACCAUCACCACAGCCUACUACAGAGGUGCCAUGGGCAUCAUGCUGGUGUAUGACAUCACCAAUGAGAAGUCCUUCGACAACAUCAAGAACUGGAUCCGCAAUAUUGAAGAGCAUGCAUCUUCAGACGUGGAGAGAAUGAUACUUGGGAACAAGUGUGAUAUGAAUGACAAGAGACAGGUGUCCAGAGAAAGAGGGGAAAAGUUGGCGAUUGAUUACGGGAUCAAGUUCUUAGAAACAAGUGCUAAAUCAGGCAUUAAUGUGGAGGAGUCCUUCUUCACGCUGGGAAGAGACAUUAUGACACGACUAAACAGAAAAAUGAAUGACAACAGCCCACCAGGAGGUGGAGGAGGGCAGGUCAAAAUCACAGAGAACCGCUCCAAGAAGAGCAACUUCUUCAGGUGCUCGCUGCUCUAGGUCAGCGACCCCCUCACCCACCAUACCCACCACCCCAUCCCUCGCCCCAACACACGGACAGCAACGGCCAGUCUGGCUGCCUCAGAGUAAAAGCCCCACCCGGCCCAUCCGCCCCGGUCCUCCAGUACACACUCUGGGUUCCUGCUGACUCCGCAGAGGAGCAGGGCGUAGCGCUCUGAGGAAACGAGCAGCACAACUUCUGUUCCAGGGAGAUACACGUCGGAUAGGAAAUGAGGAAGUGGGGAUGAAGCCCGAGUGUCUCCAUGUAUUGCUUUGUCUUUUUGUUUCUCUCCGGUUGGAAGAGAGUCAUGAACCCUUGUCUUCACCGCCGUGAGAGAGGGGCGUUUCCAUUUGGUUUUGUGUCUUUUUGUAUUCAGCUAAAACUGCCUCUUUUACUUAAUCUUUUUUAAAUCUAUUUGGUGAUUUCUUUGAGGGGGUCAUUUAAGCAAGGAAAAGGAAAUCACUUUGAAAAUGGCAGAUUCGAUGUACUGUCAUCUUGGUUCCGCCUUACAAAAGAGGAAAAUGCUGACACGUCUACCAUUGGAAAGUCUGAAGGAAGCCGCGGAGGGAACAAGAGACUUUUCACAGAGGUGUCAUCAUUGGACAACAUGAUGGGUCUGCUCCUUUAAUGUACCAAGGCAGGGUCCAUUCUGAGGGUUAUCCUCACUAGCUCAGCAUGCCAACCGGCCUCCAAUACAUAAAAGAGCAGAUCCCUUAAUCAAUGUUAUGUGUGACACCUGUGUUUGUCUUACAAUGAUGCCUCUCUGAUAAGGCUGUAUUGGAGAGGACAUAAUAGAAAAAGGGCGAUACAUUUAAUUUUGACCAAAAAUAACAAUCUGUCCAUUUAUUGUCAUUGUUUGCAUUUUUUUUUAUUUUUAUAUCAACCUUACAUUUUAAGACUUUGCAGUAGCACCGAAGGAAAGAGUCGUUUCAAAUUAGAAAUCUUAAAAGUGUUGGAUAAAAGGCUUUACUAGUUUUGCCUUUAUUUAAUUUGGCAAUCUCAAAGGAAAUUGCCUGAAGGCACAAUGUGUGUUGAUCAAUCUGAUUGAUCAAUCCGCCCUUGUUUGCUCAAUCUGAUCCAUUGAUCUGUACGUGUUUGUGGUAUCCUAGUAUCCAGUGAAUCUUGAACGGAAGCUACCGCGAUGGGGAAUCAAUACAAAUUUAAUUUAACAAUGUGAUGAAAGGAAAUAAUUUUCUUUAGUUUUCACUGCAGUGUCCUCUUCUUGAAGUCAUGAAUACUGUCCGUGUAUUUUCAAAGAUUUUGGGAGACAGUUAUUGAUGCCUUCUUAUUUGAGAAUUCACAUCCACCAUUAGUUUAUUGUAGUGAAUGACUGUGGAAGAAAUGCAUUGGAUUAUUUCCUGAUCCCGAUCGUUCGUGAAUGCUAGCUUUUUAUAUGCAGCAAGUUGAACAGGAAAUCAUCUACACUGUGGUAGCGCUUUUCUAUAAUGUGCAAUACCGACAAGUCUUAUGUCUUCCCUACCCCAAAACACAGUGAGAUCAGACACUGUUGAUCAGAAGUUGAGUUAAUGACCAAUACCCACAAGAUUUUCUCUGACCUUUGUGAGCUAAGUGUGUCCUUUUUAUGCUAGAAUUUUAAAUUCCCUGUUUGAUUCCUGGACCUCAAUGAUGAGGUGUUAGGGACAUUGUAGCAGAAUAUUUCGACUUUCUCACCUCAUCCAUAUCAAGUAGCCAAUUUAUAACAAGAUCCUCGCCUAAAUCCAGUCACUGAAAAGGAUAAAUUGAAAAUUGGAGAAUUGGCCGGAAAAUAACAUUUCCAAUCCAUUUUUUUUUUUUUAUAUUUACAGAUUCAUUUAUUUAAGGGUUUACUUCUUCAAAUAGCAGCAUAAUACCCCUGCUGUGUUAAUCCUGUGUAAUAAUCAUCACGUUUUUGUCAAUACUGUAUUUAUAUAUUUUUGUAUUUCAUAUCCAACUGGCACAAUUCUUGAGCGUGCUUGUGAAACCAUAGGAAAACCACUUUCACCACCUCUGAUUAGAGAAUGAGUUCAUGUUAGUGGGUUUCUUUUUUUCUUACUUGACAAAAAAGAGGAAUGUCCUACUGCGUCUGUUUAGCUAAUAAUUCUGUUAAUGCAUCUGUGUACAGUUUACAAACCAAUGCAGCAGUAAUUGUUCUGCUGCACUUUAUUGUGUGUGUGUGCGUGUGUAUGUGUGUGUGUGUGUGUGCGUAUAUGUGAGAGUGUGUGUGUGCUCUGUGUUUGCUUUCUGACAUAAGGUGCAUCAGUCAUGUUGCCUACAAAGUAACAGCAGUUGACAGUCAAUAAAUGUGUAUCAUCUGCAAGGUAUUUAAGCAAUAUCACACAAGAGGGAGUAAUGUCCUAAUGGAUAUCAGCACAGCUGUGACUCGGUCGCAGCCCGAGUGCCGAAGAUCAUCAUGCAUUUCAGUAGUACAGCACGAACUUGGGUGUGAUAUCGCUUUCAUACAAAGGUCCUACAGGCUCCAAUUACUGUAGUUAACAGUAAUAAGAGACAACAGAUUAUGACUUCAUUCUGUAUUUAAUCAUUCGUUUGGCUCCGCCGACACCAAUACUUCCCCUGCUGGACUGGGACUGGAUUGUUACCCUGCAACACAAACAUUGCCCUUCCUACUAGUUAGCUAUUUUGAGUCGGUUUAUACGUUACGGAAGGCCAGCUACAUUUGAUCAUGUACAUUUGUAUGUUAACAUUCAUUGUGCAACCAGAUAAAAAAGUCUGAGUACUGUUAUGCUCCAUAUCAGCACUUUUGGAAUGCCUCUUGUCCAAUCAAUUUAGUUGGGUAGAACUUACUGUUGUAUAAUGAUAAAUAAUGUCGUAUAAAAUAAAUGCAAGCAAUUAAUUUCCAAAGCAGAAGUUCCAAUCCAUAUCCCCAAAUUGCUUUUUUUUUGCAACAAUGGGACAUUUUGGGGAAUCUUUUCUCUAAGGUGUAAAAUCAUUUUGACAACAUUUCAUUGAAAAACCGAAGUCAUUCGAAAUGUGUUGAACGUAAAGAAAAUAUAAAUCUCAUCAAUGUAAAGUAGUCGGGAAAUGACGCAGCCUAUCAAUGUGUCGACUAGUUAGACUGUUAUUUUCAUUCUCAAUGGGUACACGGAUUGUGUGUUAAACUAACAGGCACCCAAGGGAAAGCCUUACCAAACUACUAUCCAUAUAGUUUGACAAGCAAAGGUAUUUGGUAAUAGUGCCUGCACAUAUUCUGUUCUGUGAUUUGAAGCGUUCCAAUGGGUUGCUGCUUCGAUGUAUCCCUGCUUUUCUUGUGAUUGUAAAUGAAAGAACAACUUUCCGCACAAUCUUAUCAACCAUGGCUGUUUUGAGUUACAUUCCGAUGCCUUCUGUUUACAUCUGAUGUACAAAAAUGCUUAAUUUGCUACAUUGUGUGAACGGACACUUUAACCAGUGAAACCUGCUCAGUUGGAAGAGAAACAAUGAAAGCAGUCAUGGGACCUUUUGUCUGACCAAUAACUUCUGCUUUCAUAAAUAAAUUUUGUUAUAAGCAUAAAAUGUGUAGUCAUCUGACUAUUCUAUCAAUCAAAUUCAUUUUCUAUUAUGCCUAUUCUUUUAUUGUUUGUAAUCGGACUAAUUCCAAGUACAAAUUU